UAUUGUGAGAGGUGGAAGUAUGGAAGGGUUUCUCCUAAAGUCUACCACCAUUUCUACGGUUUUGAGUGUGUUCAGUUCCAGAUUGUUUUGGUUGCACCACAAGGCUAGUUGUUUGACCUCUCGUCUACAUGCGGAUUCAUCAUUGUCUCGAAUGAAACCAAUCAUUGUUGUGUCAUCUGCGAACUUCAGUAGCUUAACAGAUGGAUCGUUGGAAAUGCAGUCAUUGGUAUUACAAUAUGAUAUAAUAUGAAUUAAACAGCUCGCUUUUGGACUAGAGAUUGGACUAGAAGACCUCCAAGGACCCUUCCAACUUUGUUAUUCUGUAAUUGACCUGCUGUUUUUGUGUCAACAAUAUCAGACUGAAUCUGCACUGGUUUUUGUCUGGGAGUUUGUUGUUUUACUCCUAUGUCUGGCCAACAUGGUGGCCACCACAAGCAUUGUGUCUCCUAUUAGUGCUGCGUCCGUCUAUUAACCAGGGUCAACUGGGCUUAAUCCAGCACUUAUUAAAAAAUAGCUGUUGAGGACCUUUUUGGAUCUUAAUUUGUAUAGGUAGAUUUCACUUGCGACUUCUUCCCUGAGCCUUCAAAGUUACGAUAGCACUGUAAAAACAGGUGGAUUUUCUUGGUGUUUACCUUUAUAGGGACAAAGAAGAUGGCAAUAAGAACACUCUGGACAACUGGGAAUAACAAGCAACGUUGAAAAGGAAAGCAAAUGGAUCCGUAAAUCAAAAUCUUUUCCAUUUCCUUCAGAAAACCUCACUGGCAGCUGAUAGACAAAAGAGAGAAAAUCAAGAGAUUCUGAGCUGGAAAAAGUAGGUUAUGUAGAAGGAUAAGGAUACAUUACAGGAAAAGUGAAGGAAGAUUAUUUUUCAUUCAGAAAAAGAGGGAUAUAUCUGUAACUCAGUGGAGAGGAAAAAGUCAAUUGGAAAGCCAUGUAGAGCAGACAGUGAUGCAGGCCUUACUCUAGGAGAAAGAAAACAGCUUGAAUCAGAGCACUACUAAUCAAGGAAUCAUCCAUAUUUUUUAUCUUAAGAAUAUCAGUAGUGGAAAAGUUCCAUAGAUGUGCCAGUUAUGGAAAAAGUACAGAUUGCAAAUCACAGCUGAUUAUGCCUGAGAGGAUCCACAUUGGAGGAAAACCAUACAAAAACUCAGUGACAAAAGCUUGUGUCAGAACAGCUCUCUUGUGGUUCAUGGAAGAACCCACACAACAGAGAAGACCUACAAGUGCUCCCAAUGUAGUGAGCAUGGCAACUUGGUGACACAUUAGAGGAUUCACACUAGGGAGAAACUGUAUGACUAUUGAGAUUGUGGGUUUCAUUAGAAAGUCCCACAUCAUGAGAAACCUGAAAAGUCAUGCAGGAGAGAAACCCUAUGAAUGCCCUCAUUGUGGGAAAGGUUUCAAUCAUAAUUCCAGCCUGGUGAUACACCAGAGGACUGACACAGGCGAGAAACCCUAUAGGUGUCCAGAUUGUGGCAAACGUUUCAUUCAGAAUUCCCACCUGCUGAUACACCAGGGAAUUCACACAGGAGAGAAACCCUUCGAAUGUCCUGACUGUGGAAAACAUUUCAGUCAGGAUUCCUGCCUGGUGAUACAUCAGAGGACUCACUCCAUAGAGAAACCGUAUCAGUGUCCAGAUUGUGGGAAAGGUUUCAGUCAGAAUUCCAGCCUGGUUAUAUAUCAGAGUACUCACAAAGAAUGGAAACCCUUUGAAUGCCGUGAAUGUGGGAAAUGUUUUAGUCUCAAUUCCAACCUUGUGAUACAUCAGAGAACACACACAGGAGAGAAACCCUUUAAAUGUCCUGACUGUGGGAAAAGUUUUUGUCAGAAUUCCAAUCUUGUGAUACACCUGAGGACUCACACAGGAGAGAAACCCUUCAAAUGUCCUGUCUGUGGGAAAAGUUUCAGUCAGAAUUCCAGCCUGUUGAAACAUCAGAGGACUCACACAGGAGAAAAACCCUUCGAGUGUCCUGUCUGUGGGAAAAGUUUCAGUCAGAAUUCCAGCCUGAUGGUACACCAGAGUACUCACACAGGAGAGAAACCUUUCGAAUGUCCUGUCUGUGGGAAAAGUUUUAGUCAAAAUUCGAGCCUGGUGAAACAUCAGAGUACUCACACAGGAGAGAAACCAUAUCAGUGUUCAGAUUGUGGGAAAAGUUUCAGUCAGAAUUCCAGUCUGGUGAUACACCAGAGGAUUCACACAGGAGAGAAACCCUUUGAAUGCCCUGAUUGUGGGAAAAGUUUCAGUCUCAAUUCCAGCCUGGUAAAACACCAGAGGACUCACACAGGAGAGAAACCCUUUGAAUGUCCUGAUUGUGGAAAACAUUUCAGUCAGCAUUCCAGCCUGGUGAAACAUCAGAGUACCCAUACAAAUGAGAUUUCCCAUUGAAUAUGUCAGCGUGAAAUUAACUAUUUGAAUUUUGGGUUGAUUAUUUUUACUCAAACAUGUCUCAGGUUUAGACUUGUAGGUGGAGAGAAAAGGUAAAAUGGAAAAAUGGUUAAUUACCUGUUUCUGUUUAUCAGCAGCAAUUUCUGGAUAUUUCCUUUUGCAGAAAUAGUGGAAUUCCUCAAAUGGCUUUUGGGUGGUGUUUUUUAUAUAUCGAUUAUAGAAUUCCCACAUCUGUUAUUUCAACGUCUACCUUGAUGUGUCCUCCAGCUUUUGAGCCUCACAGUUCCCCCAUCCAGCAAAGAAGUAGUCCUCAAGAUAAAAGUCUGAUAUUCCUGACAAUUAUGGUUGCAUGUUGCAAUGGUGGUUAAGUGAGAUUACCUGACUUAACUACCCGCCCCCCGAUGAAGCUGUUAAACAUGUGAGUCACUAAGUGGAACAUUGGCUACCAUGGUGUUGGGGGCAUAGCUCAGGCUUCCUUUCCAAAGGCCUCCCCACCUUAACUCUUGGCAACCCCUCCCCUCUGGCAUUUCCCUCUCUCACAGCAUUUCUCACUUCCACUGGGUCUCUGGAGGCUUUAAGCCUGACUCUCAUACCAUCAGGACUCGCAUCCUCGUCCUCCUCACCUUUAAAGAGCUCAGAUUCUCAUGUUAGGGAAAGAGGGCAGGUCACACAUCUCUGAGCAACAUGACUAUGUCCUGGAAACAGCAGUCACUGUCUGUGUUCUUGGGAUUCAUCCCUGGGUCAUGUGGAGGACUUGUGGAAAUGAUUGCCAUUUUGCCACACCUGCCUCGGGGCCCAAAUGAUGGCUGCUUCUGGGUCCCUGUCAUGCUGGGAACACUGUUUUUUUACCAUAACUCUGUGCAGACCACCUUAAGGAAUUUUGGGUGCACUGAAAAUGACAGCUGCUUCCGGGAGAUCUCCGAAAGAUCAGUAUGCAAUGGGUGACGGGUGUGCAGGGAGUUAGCCCAAGAGCUAAUGAAAAAAAUUGGUUAAUUUAAAAUUUCACAUGGAGUAAUAGAUACUAAUCAACAACAAACAGAAAGGGAUAUAAAAGCAAUCAGAAGACAAAAAGCGAAAGAUAACUAGGGCUAUGGAAAAUGAGAUAAAACUCUUAUCUAUCAACAUAAAUGGACUAAAUUCAACGACAAAAAGGAAAAGGAUUUUUGCAAAUUUAAUAAAACAAAAUGUAGAUAUUAUAUGUUUACAGGAAACACAUAUUCUUAAAAACUGAUGAAAAAUAUUUAAAUUGCCCCAAAUUAGGGACUCUGUUUACGGCUUCUGCAGAUCAGGAGAAAAAGAAAGGAAUAGCGGUCUACAUUAAGGAAGAGAUAGAGGCAAACUUAAUAUUUGAAGACCCCAAAGGAAGAAUUUUGGCAAUAGAAAUAUAGAUAAAUUUAAAAAAAAUACUAUUAGUGGUAAUUUAUGCCCCCAACAGUGAAUUUUACAAAGCCUGUCCCUUAUCCCCUCUGCUCUAUACUUUCAUUAGAAGUAUUAUUAGAAUGAAUUAGACAAAACCCAGAAAUAAAAGGAUUGAAAACCAGAAGUGAAGAAUAUAAACUGCAAGCAUUUGCAGAUGAUUUGGCUUUUAUCAUUGAAGAACCACUGGAGAGAGGACAAGCACUAAUUAAGGAAUUAGAAAGAUAUGGAACUGUAGCAGGACUGAAAAUUAAUAGAAAACUUUGCCAACUUCCGGACUUAGAUAGAAGACUUCGCCAACUUCCGGACCUUCGAACCUUUCGCCGCGAGCUGAAGACAUAUUUAUUCAUCCGCGCAGGACUGGCAUAGGAUUUUAGAUUUUAUCUGGUUUUAAUUUUAGUGGGUUUUAUUGUUUUAAAGAUAUUUUAAUCUGGGCCAAAUUGAAUAAGUAUUUUAAAUAUUAUUUUGUUCUGUAUUUAUUUUGUUGUUCUGUUUUUAUCUGGCUGUAAACCACCCUGAGUCCUUCGGGAGAAUUUGAUUAAAUAAAUAAUAAUAAAAAAAAACACGAAACUUCUCCCAAAAAAAUUAACAGAACCACAAAUAAUAGAACUGGAAAGAUCACUUGGACUCCAAACAAUAAGAAAAAUCAAAUACUUAGGGAUAUGGUUGACAGCGCAUUGCAAAGCGAUAAAAGGAGAAUAAUUACAACAAAUUAUUACAAGAAAUAAAAAAAGAUUCAAAAUUGUGGAUGCAGCUGUCACUAUUAGGAAGAAUAGCAGCCGUAAAGAUGUCUAUACUACCAAAAUUCCUAUAUUUGUUUUAGACUAUCCCAGUCAAAUUAGAAAAGACCUUUUUUUAAUGACCUUAAUAAAA